UGCCUGCGCUGCACAAUCAAAACAGUCUUCAGACAUGGCAGCGCUAACAUCACCGUUACGAGUCUGUAGAGGAAUACUGAAGGAGUUACGAGCUAUCCAGGGACCAGGUUAUAAAAAUUCCCUGGCAUAUGGUUAUGUAAUGGACCAGUUUCGAAAGAACAAGGUAACGGGAGAACGGUAUUGUCGCGCCCAGCAGGCAGCUCACCAUGAUGCACACACAUACCUGUGUUUGCUGACGUCCACCAGAAACCACCUCAUCCUGCACAACCUUUACCACGGCAAGGGGGAGCGCAGCCCCGAGGAGGUGGCCGGCCUGGUCGGGCUCAGGCUGCCCACUCAGCCCGGAGGUAAAGGCUGGGAGAAGUGAGGACGUGAGAGGGAGGAAAACUUUCUCUUUAGAAAUGACUUUUCUACAGCUGAUCCAAACAUGCAGACAAAUAUUUGACUGGAGGCUGGCAGGAUCGAGGUUUGGCUGUCAUGGACUGCUGAGAGGGAACUUCAUCUGUUGUGGUGUUCAGCACCAACCGUCAAAGGGAAGAAAAUGUGACAACAAAGUGAUCCUAUGGUGUUUGACGCAACUGUGAAUAAUGAAAGCUAAAAUUAUGUGUUUAGCUGUAAAUGUAGUUUACCCUACAGCGUUUCCACACAUGUAAUUUCUUGUUUCUAUACUGCAAUUUUCCAACUGCUCUGCAGCAAAGCAAUUGCUCUCAAGGACUGUAAUUUAAUUGUAUCUAUUUGUCCAAUUAAAAUCGAAAUCGCUGUUGGA